AUGUCGCCUCCUGAAGGCUAUGUCGUCGACUUUGAGAACCCGCAGCGGCAGAGUGUGUUGGAACACUACCUGGUGUUUGGCAUCUUGGGUCCACUCGCUCUGGUAUGCCUAGUCCAAAGGUUUUAUACCAAGUUGGUAUUUUCGGAUGGCCCGAAGAUCGAUGAUGGUCAGAAUCCUUUGCCUGCAAAGACUUCGGCUAAGCAAAAGACGCUAGGGUCUUGCGCGAUUGGCGGCUUGGGUCACCACGCUUGGGAAAUGUCCCUUGAUGUCUGGGCCAAGCAGGCCCUCGUUAGCUACAUCGUCGCUCCGAUAUUCAUCUGCGCCAACGGGUCAACGAAAGCUUCGCUAUUCUUCGCGUAUCUCAAGAUCUCCCCUCUUCCAUGGUAUCGCCGAGCAAUCACCGCAGGCAUAAUAAUGGUAUUUUGCUAUACCGUUGUGAUUGCUUCGAUGCUCCUGUUUGGCACGUGGCCGAUUCGUGCAAACUGGGAUCCCUAUGUCGAGGUGUCGGAAACACACAGACCGCUGAACAGCGCGAUGCUUUACAUGGCUAUUGCUACGUCAAACAUCGUGUCCGAUGUUGUUCUCUUUUUAAUCCCUAUUCCAAUGGUGCUGCGUCUUCAGAUGCGCCCCGUUGUCAAAGUCGGCGCCUUGAUCAUGUUUGGAAUCGGUUCCCUGACUGUCACGACAUCAGUUGUUCGCAUGGUUUAUCUCCAAGCCAUGCUCAAAUCCACAGAUACGGCUUGGGUUGCCGCGCCCGCCAACGUCUGGUCAUUCGUCGAAGUGAAUUUGUUCAUCAUCUGCGGCUCGAUGCCUACAUUGCGAAGGUUCUUCAGGUCCAUCGCGCCCAAAAUCAUGGGGUCCUCACACGACAUUUCACGCGUCAAGCACGCCGGACCAUCCAAUUCCUCUCGCGGGCCUCGAAGCGAGUAUUCGCAAUUCGACACGCAUUCCCACUACGAUGUUGAGAUGAACAGCAUGUCGAGCCAGCAAGUAAUUUUGGAAGAAGAUAAGAGCGCAGUGCGCCAUGCAAACUUCGAAGUCAAAUCACAGUAA